GAAGAAAAAGGCAAUACCAACAUCAAAACCAACCCCUCCGACCUCUCCGACGACGAUCUGCACAACGCCACCAUGGUUUCCCACACAACUUGGUUGCGGUAUCUCGCCCGUCGUUUCGAGUACUCCGUCGCUCUCAGCUACAAGAGCUACAAACAUGGUAAAAUCUCUAAUACAGAAGUGGGGGACAACGUUUGGAAAACUUUUUUCCAAGGAAAAUUGACAUUUUUGCAUUGGAACAAAGGAGAGGAGAUGGCUCCAACAAUAGCCCCAGAGGGGGGAACUCUUCUUGUCAGGAAACUACCAGCCGCAGAUCCACAGCGUGUUUUUGUUGGGGAUGUGGUGAUCAUGAAGGACCCUGAAAAAUCGGAUAAUUAUCUGGUUCGAAGAUUGGCUGCCAUUGAAGGGUACGAAAUGGUUUCCAAAGAUGAAAAAGAUGAACCUUUUGUACUUGAAAAAGAUCAGUGCUGGGUGUUGGCUGACAACGACAAAUUAAAGCCCAAGGAAGCUAAAGAUAGUCGGUUAUUUGGACCUGUUUCCAUGAACGACAUAAUCGGUAGAGUCUUGUAUUGCCUGAGAACAGCGGUUGAUCAUGGCCCCAUUCAAAACAGUCAAUUCAGUAUGCAGAAAGACUUGCCGGUGUUGGAAGUGGAAUUGGAUGUCGAUGAAAUGGCGAAAAACCACAAAGCUUAGCAAAGUAUUUGCAAAUCAAAGGCGUCGGUUAUGAAUUAUCCAGCAGGAUAUGCGUAUUAACAUAUGAGAGAUGUAUUGGGUUCAUUGAGUUGGGUUGGAUUUAAAUGAGUCUAACCCAAUAUUAACUCAAUAUUUACGGUUUGAAGAUUUUACAACUUGAUUAGACAUCGUGUUAAAUUAUUUCAAGUUGAGUUGGUCGGGGUUUAUGUUUAUCCAUGGUCCAUGGGCUUGCAACAUAUACAAUAAUGAUGAAGUUUGAGAGCAUAAUGUAUGUGGAUCCGACCUCUACCCAAAAGUGUAAAAUGACUAUUUUGGAGAAGAUCUCACCAUAAAAAAUGUAUGACAAAAAUACCCGGAGAAAA